UCAGCGACACACAAUUAAAGCCAGCUCCGCAUUGCUGGGCGCUGGUCACACACAUGUCACACAUCUAGUCUACACACACCUCACAUGACAUAGACGAUAAAUACUUGUUCUUUCUCACACCACUCACUCGCCCGCACGCGCGACCUCACAACACGCACAACACAAAAAAAUGCACAUCGCAUCAGUAAUGGUCACGUGGUGGGGCACAUCAGUCGAUUGUUUCGCAAAUGUCAUCCACCCAUCGUGCAGAAGCUAAGCGCGUUUCGCAUCUCCUCACGAACGAAUAUCGAUCACUUCACUUCCUCUCGACGUGGUUGUAGUCGGUGUAGACCCAGCGCCUCUCCAGCCCAUACAGCCGAUACGCUCCAUAGCCACACACAAGAGACAGUACCAGGGGGAUGCGCCACAGCGCAGCCCCGCCCAUGGUGGACAUCAGGAAGCGGCUCAGCAGGCCGCCGGGGGGAAAGAGGAAAGCCAUGGCCGCCACUGACGUGAGGGCAUCGAGACCAAGACCGAUCGACAAGACGGUGGUGAGGUAGCGGAGGACCCUGGUGAUGGCAUACCUGCAGCCGUGAAGACACUGCCGUGUGUGUAUGUGAUGGGACUCCGUGUCUCUGUCUGUCUGUCUGUCUGUCUGUCUGCGGUGACUUACGCUUUCCUGCAAUGGGGCAGUAUUUGGUGUGAGACUCCCACCGGUCGAAGAGCUUCCUCCGGUCGGUCAUGAGAGGCCCCAGCUGCCCGGUGCUGCCCUUCCAUAAGGGCUUCCCUCCGGCGUGAUUCAUCAGCCACCGACGGAAGGACCUCACCGCCGUGUCGGCGGCAGCCGGCAUGUAAUAGGCCCGGUCAAAUUUCUCGAGACCUGUACACACACAUGCAUGCUGUCAUGUCAACCAACGCAUGAAGCUUGGUGGGAUGGGAUUUGGCGGCCGUUCGCCAUGCAUCAGAUCAGCUGACCGUCUUGGUGUUCCCUCAGCCUGCGUUCCUGGUAGUGGACAUGCAUAUUGUCUCCGUCUGUGACAGCAAGACUCUCCAGGUGGUCAUCCCAUCGCAGCGGAGACGUUCUGCAAACACACACCCACACAUGGCACACACACACACAUACACACACACACACACAUGACACAUACAUUCACUGAGCGUCGCUGACGUAGACAUGCUCUCACACACAUCGGCCGCUUGCGAAAGGGCACCGUUGCGGGGAAGCGCGUGAACAGAUAACUCUCCCCUGGGGCGGACGGCACAGCGUAUGCCACCAGAUAAAACCUGUGCCCGUCAAGCUUGCCGCUUCUAAGGGGCUUGGUGAUCUUCGGAGCCAUGCCGAUCUUGGACAACAACCUGGCAAUGGGAAUGGGAGGAGCACGAUGCAGUGCGGGUGUGUGCAGCAAGGGAAUCGGCUGACUUGAUGAUGGGCUUCUGCUUCAGCCUUUCGACAACCGGUGACAGAUCAAACUCGUAGUACAAGAGGCAAGGGGGCAUGAACCUGAUGCGCGUCGUGAGGCCGGCGCCUCCGAGAUCUUGUAGGGAUGUGACGACGAAGCCGUCGCCGGUCAGAUUGUCCAGCUUCAUUGCAAUCGGCCCGGCUUGGUCACGGUUGCCCUGGCGCAAGGAUUACACGCAAACACUUACCUGACUCUUCUCAGUAUGGCUGGCUGGUCCGACGUACCUGUAUCCCGUGAUGGGCGAAUGGCACGUGCGAUGGGUCGCCAACAUCUUCAACCUGCAGCCAUUGACACAAGCAUGCACGACCCACACGAGCCUCAGGUGGCUGCCUGGCGUGUGAGUGUGUUGGUUGUGAUGUCUGUGGGUCUCUCACAAGUGUGUCAUAGUUGUAGUGCAAGACCCGAAAGAAGAGGCCGUCGUCUUUUCUGUUGAUCAGCUCGGGCACUGCAUCCAGCUCAGCCACUGUCGCCGGCUCUACCUCUGUAGAAGCUGCCCAACCCUCCCUCGUGCUGCAGACACACCAACAUGCAUACAUACAUGUCUGCGGGCUCCGAUGUGCCCACCCCACCUGUCAGGGAAUAUCCAGACGAGUGAGUCGGCCUCCUUGCACGGCACUGUCUGGAGGCACGCCCGCUUGUUCUUCCUGGCGGCCUUCUGCGCCUUGGCCUCAACUUGAGGGAUCUUCGUGCACGCUCCUGUCCCAUCGAACUCCCAGCCAUGGUAGGUGCAGUGCAGCUUGCCGUCUUCGCUGAUGCGGCCCUCAGACAGCGGCGCCAGGCGGUGCGGGCAAGCGUCCUUAGCCGCGACGAACUUGUGCGUCGCCUCGUCCCACCACACCACGAAGUGCUCAUUGAGCACGGUGAACUGCCGCGGUUGCUUCUUGUCCAGAUCACUUGCAAUCGCCACGGGAUACUGCACAAGACAAGACAAGACAAGACAAGAAGGCAGCGGUCGAUUGUGUGUGUGAGCGGGAGCCUGUGUGGCUCAUUCGUCUGCCUACCCACUGUCGCCACCAAUCGAAGGUGCCGCCAUCCGCCUUGUCCGAAGCCUCAGACGCCUGCAAGGCAUCAAUGAGGCGUGCAAGAAGAGCGGCCGCGUGGUUCAUCCAGCCUGAGGACGGAUCAUUGCUCACCGCUGGUGUGAAUGACAGCUCGAUGCUCUCUGACCGAGGCGGCGUUAUCUUGGCUGGCGGCGAUGGUACGGUCAGCACUGCAGAUGGCAGCGCAGUGCGACGCACCGACCUCUUUCCCGAGCUGCCAAACAGCUGGCCUGCAGUGAAGGCAACGAACAUACAAACAAAAUGGCGAUGGUUGCAUCUGACCGACCUGGCUUGAUUGCGUGAUAAGCAAGACAUCCUUGCAGAGCAAAUGUCAAGAGUGCUGCGCUGCCGCAGACCACACGCUGCUCCUUCAUUUUGAUUUUACAACGGGAUUUCUAGCGAGGACGAGCUCCCAAUGCACGUAGAAGCGGCCAGAUCUCCGGAAAGAAGGAAGAACAG